AUGCCUCCUCAUAGUGAUGCUCCCUCACCAGCAGGGUCCUUCAGCACCCAGCUAUACAACCACAGCCAAUGGCACUCAAGCAAUGGAAAUCACAACUUCAUGUCUGAUUCUUCAUCAAGCGCUUCUGCAGACGAUCGCUUGGAUGACGUGCAGCAUAUAAGACGCCUUCUAAUACCCGGCGUCUAUGUUCCAACCAUGUGCUUCUUCGAUGCAGACACAGAAGACGUCGACACCGCUGCAAUUGCCGCUCAUGCUGUGCGACUCGCUCAUGCUGGUGUAACAGGCCUUGCGACGCAGGGUUCCAACGGAGAGGCCGUUCAUCUCUCCCAUUCGGAGCGGCAGCUGGUCACCGCCACUACAAGAGCCGCCCUGAAUGACGGCGGCUUCUCGCAUGUGCCCGUGAUCGUGGGAUGUGGAAGCCAGAGCACACGCGAGACCGUACAAUACUGCCGUGAGGCUUGGGAGGCUGGCGGUGACUAUGCGCUCGUCCUACCCCCGUCCUACUAUGCCACGUUAUUUGCCCCGGCCUCGGAAACCAUCCUGGAGUAUUUCACAAAAGUUGCAGACAAGUCUCCUAUUCCCAUCAUAAUCUACAACUUUCCUGGUGCCGUGGGGGGCAUGGAUAUGUCAUCCGACAUGAUCAUCACUCUUGCACGACAUCCAAAUAUUGUAGGCGUGAAGUUGACAUGCGGCAACACGGGAAAACUGAACAGGGUAGCCGCAGCAACCCGUAAGCUUUCAAAAUACAACUCAGAGGCGCCCGGGUUCGUGGUCCUCGCAGGCUCUGCCGACUUUCUGAUCCCUUCUCUGGCCGGAGGUGGUCACGGCAUCCUGGCAGGCUUGGCCAACAUUGCCCCGAGGGCAUGCAUCAAGACCAUGGACCUCUAUCUGCAAGGCAAUGUUUCCGAAGCACAAAAGAUGCAGGAAGUGGUCUCACAGGGCGACUGGACGGCGAUCCAGGGCGGUGUGGUUGGUGUCAAGGCUGGGCUACAGUCUUGGAUGGGUUACGGAGGCUUUGCACGAAGUCCACUGCCGAGGCCAGACACAGAGCAAACAAAACGGUGGAGAGAAGGUUUCCGGGACCUUGUGAUGCUGGAGAGAUCACUCUAA